UCUCUCUCUCUACAAUUACCAUGGAAGACACCAUAAUGAGGCCACACUCAUGUGACUCCACUGCAGCUGCUUCAAAGCUAGACAUGCACAGAGAUUCCCAUGUGAUUUCCAAGUUGAAGCCCAAGGUUCGCAUAAUUCACAUAUUUGCACCAGAGAUCAUCAAGACCGAUGUUGCAAAUUUUAGAGAGCUUGUACAGAGACUCACUGGCAAACCUGGUGAUGAUGAAAUAAACCCCAAAGUCAGCAGCAGCAGAAGCAGAAGCAGAAGCUGGAAGAAGAAACCAAGAAAGCUGAAAAAGAAAGAUGGGCUGCUGCUGCCUUCAAGUCUGAUGCAAGAGGAGAACCAUAAAGUAGAAGAAAAUGAGAAUGAUUUCCUUAAUGGGUUUGGAGAAUUUAAUGGCUUCAUAAAUGAUUUAAGCAGUAACUUUCCCUUGGCAACCGCACAGUCUUCUCACAUGGAUAUGUUUGGUGACAUGCAACUUGCUUAA